UGUGAAUAAGGGAUAAGUUAUUGGGAAAAAGACACCUUAGGGAGUGGAGUUGGGCUCAUUUGUCCUCCAUAUCAUGGGCAGCAGUGCAGAUAACUGAGGAGGAUCAAACAGCUGCAUCGCCAAAACACAGCAGAAGAAAAGGAGAAGGUUUGAUGUAGACACAGCACUGACUACAGUCAGAAAAGAGGCCUGAACUUGGCUGUGAGGCACGAAGCACAUUGGUUGACUGGAAGCUGGGUGUACUUGACUGAACAAAUUUGCAAUCCUGACCUCACUUGGCACCAAAUAUUGCUGGCCUGACAGGCUGGGUGUCAGUGAUCAACUUGGGGGUGACUGUGGGGAGUAGUUAUCUAGUCUAGGCUGGUUGGCAGAUCCCCAAGUUUGUUCAGCUGACAGAUGAGGGUCCAGAAGGUGGCUAACAGGAUGAGGCUGGGUGGCCACGUGGCCCCGCAGGGAUUACAAGCAGCAAAGAAGAAGGUAAAGAGAUUAGACUCAAAACGGAGCCUGCUUUUUUAACCUCGUCACUAUUGUCACACUGACAGAGUAGAAGGAAAUUCCUGAGCCAAAAAUCCAGCCGUUCACCGUCUCUCCUUCCUCUAUCUCUCCUUGCUCCCUUGCUCCCUUGCUCCCUCUGCUCAUCCAUCCAUGCAGCCACCUCUGUUGUCUACGGGGAUUCAACUGCAUCCAAGAACUAACUGCUGCUGAAGAACUGAGCUGGAGCACACAUAUGAGUGGACUGGACUAACGAGCUGAAGACCUUGUCAGCACCGAUGAGGAGACUUUUGCGUACUAUGUUAAUGGACUGCAAAUAAAGAGAUUCUGGAUUUUAACUGUUGUUUGCAACAGUCUCUUUACAAAUGACAACUUCAGGCUCGAAAACUACAUAAAUUAGCUCAUCAUGCUUUUGAAGUCAGGACUAUUCUUCACUUUGUGUCUGUUUACCCUCCAAGCAAGUCGAAUCAAAGACAUUCAUGACCACGGCUUUUCUGGACUCAGGGAUGUGAAGUACCGACACUUUCUUGAAGCCUCCAGACCGAUCAGACACACCACAAAUGUCAGAGCAGAGCAGGACGCACAUCGGAUAAAGAGGUCAGCAGUCUUCAGCACAGGGGUCAAAGUGUGUCCCCAGGAGACGAUGAAAGCAGUCAUCGGCAGCCAUCGGACCUAUUACAAACUCCGAGUUUGUCAGGAAGCGAUUUGGGAAGCCUUUCGGAUCUUCUUGGACAGAGUCCCGAGCUCAGAGGAGUACAGAGCCUGGGUUUAUAUCUGCCAGCAUGAAAACCUCUGCAUGGACGACCUGGCCCAGAACUUUAGCAGCUCUCAGGAGCAUCGGGACAUGGUGGCCAGAAGAGUAGCUGAGCAAACUGAACUCGAAGGAGUUGUCACUGGAACCCCCGAGCCAGGAAGGGAAUGUAACUGGACACCCCCACUGAUUUUGCUACCAACUGAGGCUGACGUGUCUAAUAACAACCCUAACGUGAUAAAAGAGAACUAUGAGGAGUACAUUGUUGAGUUCAGCAUCACAAUCAUGGACCCGGCAUACAGCAAGCUGCUCAGUGACCCAGAGUCUCCACAGUACAAUGACAUCACACAAGAGCUCACAGACACGAUGCUUCAUGUGUUUGAAAAAGUUGCAGGAUUCAAAGAGAUUCGUGUUCUGGGAUUUCGCUCAGAGGACGUGUCUGUGCGUUACGCUGUGGUCUUUAAUGGAGAAACAGAGCUCAGCAAUGAACCUGAGAGUCUGGAGGAUCUUGGCACAGAGACACACAAGGACGUAAACUCGCCUAAACUGAAGCACAUCAUCGUAAAGGCCUUAAAACAGGAGCCGUCACUACUACUGGACAUACAGACACUAAGCUUUGAGGCUGUAACCACAGUUUAUCCAGUUGCGGAACUCGGCGUUAACCCCAUUGAAAGCGUUGCAUCUGAGUAUGACACCACACAGGCGGGCCCAGAGGGCAAUACCCCCACAGUGCCAGUGAUUGAAAACUCUUUGGAAGUUUCUACAAUCAAAGCAGAAAGACACACUUUUGUGCCUUUCAUCCCAAACAUCUUCCCAGAAGCCACUUUUGCUGUCACAGAUGAGACUCCUUUAAUGGCAGCAGCAGAGGAGGACUCCACAGAAGAUACUGCUGAGGAGCCUGGUGACAUUAUAACACCCGAUACAAAACUCGAAACUAUCACAGAGCAGGAAGAGGAACCAGAGCCCGAGGUGGAGGAGAUACCACCGACUGAACAUGAUGACGGAGGUGAGGUGGAACCUGUAGAACAUGUGACAGAACUUGAAUCAGCUGAUGGGGCCCCUGAGGAACCUCCAGAGCAACAAAAUGAAGAUCUUCCUGAGGCAACUCCUGACUCCAAACCAGAAGAAGAAAUUACUGAAACACCUCCUGAGGUUAACCUUGUGCUGCCAGAGUCUACAUACCCCACGGUUACUGAGAUAUCUGUCAAGGAAGCUUCAGUCCCAGUCUCCAAAUCAUCAUCUCAUGAGGAUGCUGUCCAAGGCAUUGAACCAGACACAGAUGUGGAGCCUUUGCCAUCCCCCGCUGAGAGCGGCGAAGCCCUUGAGGACAGAGAUGAAGCUAGUGGAGGGCACAGUGGAGUGACCCUGGUCUCAGCAGACCUGCCUCCUGAGAACUCAAACACUCAAGAUGAUGUAGGGUCAAGUCAGAAUGGGAUGGAGGUGGAAGUGACCGAACCUCUGGAAGAAGGGAGUGGUAGUGGAUUCCCCUCAGAGUCUGACGAACGCCCAUACGAAUCCACGGCUGCGCCGGCCAUGAGACAAGCCAGCACCCCUCUGAUGACCGCAAUGGAUAAGAACAAAGAGUUAGUGGUUUUCUUUAGCUUGAGGGUCACUAACAUGAUGUUUUCUGAUGACCUGUUCAACAAGAGCUCCCCAGAGUAUAAAUCACUGGAGAAUACCUUUCUUGAGCUGACACAGCACUCUAGGUCCAGAAACUCACCAAACCCUGGAGCUUCCAGUAAAUCUGGGCUUGGGAGACAGACGACUUUAGCUUCCAUACCGCUUCUGCCAUAUCUACAAUCCAAUUUGACUGGAUUUAAGCAGCUGGAAAUUCUCAACUUCAGGAAUGGCAGUGUUGUGGUAAACAGCAGGAUGAAACUGGACAAACCGGUACCAUAUAACGUCACAGAAGCUGUUCACUGUGUGCUUGAAGACUUCUGCAGCGCAGCAUCGAAACGGCUUGACAUCGAAAUUGACAGUCGCUCCUUGGAAGUAGAACCAGCUGACCAAGCAGACCCCUGUAAAUUCCUGGCUUGCAAUGAGUUUUCACGCUGCGUGGUGAACAGUUGGACCGAAGAGGCAGAGUGUCUGUGUGAUCCGGGUUACAGCACCGUGGAUGGCCUGCCUUGUCAGAGCACCUGCGCUGUGCAGCCAAACUACUGCCUGAAUGGAGGCCAGUGUGAAAUAAUCCCAGGGCAUGGAGCCACCUGCAGAUGUCCUGUAGGUAAAUACUGGCACUACCAUGGAGAACGCUGCAAUGAGCUGGUGUCUAUGCCAAUAGACCCUCCCUUAAUUGUAACCUGCCUCGUGGGAAGCCUCUGCCUUGUUUGUGCCAUCAUUGGCAUCUUGAUUUUCAUCAACAAGAAAUGUAUAAACACCAGAAAGGCCGUGACAUUGGUGCACACACUUGCUCCCUAUGCCUUUGAGCAUACUUUGAGGGUGAACCCAGUGUUUGAGAAUGAUGAUGGUGUCUUAACUCAAGUGUCCACAUUGCCAUGUCCUUCAAGUUCUGCUUCUUCCCAAUCCCAACAGUCUGAACAAGAACAUUAUGCCUCUAUUGAAAAUAUACACCUGAGUAUUGAGAUCCCCAGACAACUCUACACAACAAGAUCAGAAAGGCUAGUCUCAGAAAUGGUGGACUUCCAUCACAGUAUACCCCAAAAUGAGGUGAGGGCCGCUGAGUAA